AUGCCGACAUCGUUCAUGUAUUUCACUUUAAUAUGUUUUCCCACAUUUGGACAAACGUCACUGCCGUUGGUUAUCAACACAUGGAGCUUCAAAAAUGCGACGGCUGCAGCGUGGGAGGUUCUACAGUCUGGCGGCUCGGCGUUGGAUGCCGUGGAAAAGGGAUGUGAGCGCUGUCAAGAAGAGCAGUGCGACGGUAGCGUGGGCUAUGGCGGGAGCCCGGAUGAGAGCGGGGAGACUACGUUGGACGCAUUGAUCAUGGACGGCAACACAAUGGAAGUGGGGGCUGUCGCUGACCUAAAGAGGAUCAAGAAUGCCAUUGGUGUAGCGAGAGCCGUGAUGGAGCGCACAGAACACACCAUGCUUGUCGGAGAGUCAGCGACAUUGUUCGCAGAAAACAUGGGCUUCGUCACCGAGGAUCUGACCACCGUCAACUCGCUGGAUAUUUUCACACAGUGGCUGAAGGGCAGUUGCCAACCUAAUUACCGAAAGAACGUUUUUCCCAAUCCAUCCAAAUCCUGUCGCCCUUACAAGCCCAUUGCCAAGCUCGGGCCGGAAAAGAAACUUCAUACUAAUGUUCACUCCCACGACACUAUAGGUAUGAUCGCUUUUGAUCGCUACGGUCACAUAGCUGCGGGGACAUCCACUAAUGGGCUCACUCAUAAAAUUCCAGGUCGAGUUGGGGAUUCUCCUAUAGUCGGAGCGGGAGCAUACGCCGACAGCACAGCCGGAGCAGCUGCCGCAACCGGAGACGGGGAUGUCAUGAUGCGCUUUCUACCAAGUUUUUUGGCGGUGGAGAUGAUGAGGGCCGGGACGGAUCCCUCGGCAGCCUGCAAGAUGGCCAUUUCCAGGAUUAAGAGGCAUUACGCAGACUUCUUCGGGGCGAUCAUCUGCGCUAACGCGACAGGCCAUUAUGGUGCAGCUUGUAACAAGGUGCCUGGCUUAUUGCAGUUUCACUACAUGGUGUCAAACUGCGAGUCGGACACGCCACUUCUCAAAUCAGUGGAAUGCUUUUAA